AUGUCUAUCCAAAACGAGCCCCUGCCUCCCGGGGAGGGCCGUCUGCAGCCGCGGUUGUCGAGGCUGACGAUGGUCGCUCUGACGUUUGCUAUCCUCAAUACAUGGAUCGCGCUAGCUGGAUCAAUUGGCCUCGUUCUGCCCUCGGGGGGCUCCGUCUCGUUCCUGUACGGCUUUAUAUUCUGCGUCCUGUGUAACCUCGCCCUCGCCGCGAGCCUCGGCGAACUAGCUGCGAUAUGGCCCACGGCAGGCGGCCAGUACCAUUUCGUGUAUGCGCUGUGCACGGAUAAGUGGAAGAAGUCUAUGAGCUUCUGGGUUGGUUGGACGAAUAUCGCGGGCUGGCUUACGCUUGUGACGACUGAGGGUUUCUUCGCUGCGCAAUUCAUAUCCGCCGCCACAGUCAUCGCCUCCAACGGCGCCUACGCGAUCGAAGAAUGGCGCACAUACCUAAUCUUCCUCGCCAUCCUCACCUUCACGACCGGCGCCAACAUCUGGGGCAACCGCAUCCUCGGGCGCUGGAACGACGCGGCGCUGUACUGGUCCUUGCUGGGCGUAGUCGUCAUCAGCAUAGUGCUGCUAACCACGUCGGACAAGAACGGCGCCGAGUUCGUCUUCGCCGAGUUCCAGAACUCGACCGGCUGGUCCGACGGCAUGGCCUGGAUCCUCGGCCUGCUGCAGAGCGCGCUGUCGCUCAUCGGCUUCGACGCCGCGCUGCAUAUGACUGAGGAGAUGCCGCGGCCGGCGGUCGAUGCGCCGCGCGCUAUUAUAUAUGCGGUGGUUGUGGGGGGCGUCACGGGCGUUGCGUUUAUACUUGUUAUUCUGUUCUGUAUUACGGAUCCCGAUACCGUUCUUAACACGCCGACUAAAAUGCCUAUCGCUGAGUUGAUCCUCCAGGGCACGGGAAAUCGAGCCGCGGCUACGGUGUUGACGCUGAUGCUGGCUGUGUGCUUUAUUAAUGGGACGAAUGGAUGCGUGACUAGUUCGAGUAGGCUGUUGUAUGCGAUGGCGAGGGAUAAGGGCAUUGCGUAUCAUCACUACUUCGCUCACAUAACGCCCAAGCUCAACGUCCCAGUCCGCACCAUCGUCUUGACCUUUGUAUUCAACGUACUCUUCGGGCUAUUAUACCUAGGACCAUCGGUAGCUUUCAGCGCAUACGCGGCCAGCACGACCAUCUUCCUCAACAUGUCGUACGUGAUCCCCGUCAUCGUGCUAUUAAUCCGCGGCCGUGGUGUUUUACGCCAGUACCAGGCUGAGAACACGUACUUUGCGCUCGGGAAGGGCGGCUGGGUGCUUAAUUCCGUUGCUGCUGUGUUUGUUAUCGUGACUUCUGUGUUCUUCUGCUUCCCGACUGGACUUCCCGUUUCAGCAGAUGAGAUGAACUACGUAGUCGUCGUUAUCGGCAUCUUCCUGGCAUUAGUCGGCACGUUCUGGGCCACAUAUGGCAGAACCUUCGAGGGCCCGACAUUCGAAGCCAUCAUCGGACAUGCGCCCGGAGACGAGGAAGAUGCAGGAGCAGCAGCUUCCAUCCCUCCCUCAGAGAAAGAAAAAUAA